AGCCCCAAGAAGGAGGAGCCCCGCAGGCCGGGCGGCCCGGAAAGAUGGCGGAGCGGGGCCGCCUUCGCCUCAGUCGCCGCCGUCGUCGCCGCCGCCGCCGCUAGGCCCGUGGGCAUGGGGGCCGCCGGCGGGGGACGCGUCGGAGCCCCUUGACGGCGGCGCCUUCCGUCGAGCGGUUGUGGGCGGGGCGGGUGCCGGCCCCCGCUGCGCGCGGCCUGACGACGGAGUCCGCGGGCCGCCGAGGGGGCCGCCGCAAGCCCAGGGCGAUGGACGAGCAGAGCGUGGAGAGUAUUGCUGAAGUCUUUCGAUGUUUCAUUUGUAUGGAGAAAUUGCGCGACGCUCGACUGUGUCCACACUGCUCCAAGCUUUGUUGUUUUAGUUGUAUUCGGCGCUGGCUGACAGAGCAAAGAGCUCAGUGCCCUCAUUGUCGGGCUCCACUCCAACUUCGAGAACUGGUAAACUGUCGGUGGGCUGAAGAGGUCACCCAACAACUUGACACGCUUCAGCUUUGCAGUCUCACCAAACAUGAAGAAAAUGAAAAGGACAAAUGUGAGAAUCACCAUGAAAAGCUCAGUGUGUUUUGUUGGACUUGUAAGAAGUGUAUCUGCCAUCAGUGUGCUCUUUGGGGAGGAAUGCACGGUGGACACACCUUUAAGCCUUUAGCAGAGAUUUACGAACAACAUGUCACCAAAGUGAAUGAGGAGGUGGCGAAGCUUCGUCGGCGCCUCAUGGAGUUAAUCAGCUUAGUACAAGAAGUGGAAAGAAAUGUAGAAGCAGUUCGAGGUGCAAAAGAUGAACGUGUUCGAGAAAUCAGGAACGCAGUGGAAAUGAUGAUUGCACGGUUGGACACUCAGCUGAAGAAUAAGCUCAUAACACUAAUGGGUCAAAAGACAUCUCUAACACAAGAAACUGAGCUUUUGGAAUCCCUGUUGCAGGAGGUGGAGCAUCAGUUGCGGUCUUGCAGUAAGAGCGAACUGAUCUUUAAGAGCUCUGAGAUCCUCAUGAUGUUUCAGCAAGUUCAUCGGGAGCCCAUGGCAUCUUUUGUCACUACACCAGUUCCUCCAGAUUUUACAAGUGAAUUAGUACCAUCUUACGAUUCAACGACUUUUGUUCUGGAGAACUUUAGCACUUUGCGCCAGAGGGCAGAUCCUGUUUACAGUCCACCGCUUCAAGUUUCAGGGCUCUGCUGGAGACUAAAGGUUUAUCCAGAUGGAAAUGGAGUCGUGCGGGGUUAUUACCUGUCUGUGUUCCUAGAACUCUCAGCUGGACUCCCUGAAACUUCCAAAUAUGAGUAUCGAGUAGAGAUGGUCCAUCAGUCCUCCAAUGAUCCUGCCAAAAAUAUCAUUCGAGAGUUUGCUUCUGAUUUUGAAGUUGGAGAAUGUUGGGGUUAUAACCGAUUUUUUCGUUUGGAUUUACUUGCAAAUGAAGGCUAUUUGAACCGGCAAAAUGAUACAGUGAUUUUAAGAUUCCAGGUACGUUCGCCUACUUUUUUUCAAAAGUGCCGGGACCAACAUUGGUAUAUUACACAGUUGGAAGCUGCUCAAACUAGCUACAUCCAGCAAAUAAACAACCUUAAAGAGAGACUUGCCAUUGAGCUUUCCCGUUCUCAAAAAUCACGAGGCAUGUCACCACCAGACACUCAUCUUAGCCCCCAGAAUGAUGAUGUUCCCGAGGCAAGACCAAAGAAAUCUGGACCAAAUGCCGAAGUGCUUCUUGAGAGUGGCCCAGCUACGUCAGGAAGGGAGUCCAAGGAGGAAGAGGAGGAAGAAGAGGAAAAAGUCCAGCCCGAGGAUUAUAACCCUGAACUUUCAGACGGGGAUCUGGAUGUAGAUCUUAUUGGCGAGGACGAAGUAAACCUCCUAGAUGGCAGCAGUUCCUCAGCCAGUUCAACUGCAACUAGCAACACCGAAGAAAACGAUAUUGAUGAAGAGACUAUGUCUGGAGAAAAUGAUGUGGAAUAUAGUAGUAACAUGGAAUUAGAAGAGGGAGAACUCAUGGAAGAGGCUGCAGCUGCUGCUGCUGGAGCUUCAGGUGGUAGCCAUGCUAGCCAUGGAUAUGCUAAUGCAAGCAGCAGACCCUCAAGACGAACUGGAAACUUAAGUUCUGUAGCUAGCAGCAGCCUGUUAGAUAUAGAUCCCUUAAUUUUAAUUCACCUGUUGGACUUUAAGGACCGGAGCAGUAUGGAAAAUAUAUGGGGUUUACAACCCCGACCACCUGCUUCCAUUCUGCAAGCCACAGCUUCAUAUUCUCGAAAAGAUAAAGACCAAAGGAGGCAGGCGAUGUGGCGAGUUCCCCCGGAUUUGAAAAUGCUGAAGAGGCUCAAAACACAAAUGGCUGAAGUUCGAAGCAAGAUGUCAGAUGUAAAAAAUCAGUUGUCAGAAGUAAGGAGCUCCAAUGUCGGAUCCUGUGAUGUGCAGGCAAACUCUUUUUCUGUGGAUCAGAUGUCUCUGACUGCCUGUGGAACAGAGAGUUGUGUCAAAUUACAGGACUUGGGAAUGGAACUCCUGGCAAAGUCAUCAGUUACAAGUGGUUACAUGAGGAACUCGGUAAAUAAGAAAAGUAAUUCACCCAAACCCACUCGUUCUGGUACAGCAGGCAGCCUGUCGUUACGAAGAGCAGUGGACUGUGGGGAAAGUAAUCAUCGCUCAAAAGGAGAUUGCCAAACUUUAUCAGAAGGCUGCCCAGGAAACUCUCAGUCUGGCAGUCGGCACAGCCCUCCGCGGGCCUUGACUCACGGCACUGCCUGUGACAUACCACCCAAGCCAGAAGAGAGGCAGUGCGAAGUAUCGGAUCCAGAUGUUCUUGGGGUGGCAGGUUUAAAUGGUUUGCCCACUAUUGAGAAGACUAGGAAGAUGAUCGCUUGGGGGCCUGAUUUGAAAGGAUGUUGCACGGAAGGCGUACAGGCGACUGAUUUGGAAAAUAACACUGAAACCGGAGAGUUGCAAACUAGCCUUCCUGAAGGGGCAUCAGCUGGGCCCGAGGAAGCAGCUCUUGGUCAGAAACACGGCCUUCACCUCCUUCCGGGGCUGAGCAGCGACAGUGACGUGGAGUGUGACACUGAAAACGAAGAGCAGGAGGAGAACACUACUUGCGAUGGAUUCAACGACUCUUUUACAGGACAACCCCCAGGAGAAGACACAUGUUCUGGGUAUCCCGAAGGCAAUCAGAUAGGCCCUGAUGACCUCAGCUUUGCCCCUGAAGAGACUAGUGGAAGGUAAUUGCCAAAUCCAGGGCAUCGACUUUCUCUCAGUUGUCCUGAGUCUGCAGUGUGCUGUAGAAGGUGCUGAAGUUUUUCAUCAUAAACCGAAACCUGGAUUGUGACCUUUUUUGCUGCCUGAUCUCCUAUUGAAAAAUUAUUCCUGAAACCGUUACAAGUGGCACAGAGGACAGUUCAUUGGAAAGUGUGAAUUUGGCGAGAGUUCUAUAGUAUAAUGAACAACAUAAUAUUACUAGAGCUUAAUAAAUGUAAUAGCUGCAUUCCCCAAAUGCAGCCCUGUGUAGAACUAGAGAGAACUAUUUCCUGGUGAUUUUACCCAGAUUUUCCUCACUCGUUCAGUGCAUGCAACUCAUUCAUCUGCUCGACAUUGGUGCUGUUCAGCCUCCUAGAUUCCUAAAAGAUCUGUGUUUGGUGGAUCCAGUUUAACGUGAUAGAAGUUAGUUACCGCGAGCUGGAAUCCCAUCACUACCCAUAAUGAUGAGGUUCUUCGUGAUCGUAUUCUCUUCAACUAAAGGCUCUUCAUUGGAAGAAAUGGACAGCUGUGAAACUGGUCCCCUCUUCCCCACCCCUGCCGCGGCUCUCCCCAUGGGACCCACUGAGUGAGUGAUUUUUGCUUCUCACAGUCUAGAACUGAGUAAAGAAAAAUCACUCUGGCGCUUUUCCACAGCCUCUUUUUAACUGGGCGAUGAAGUAGACAGACUUGAGGAAGUUCUGUUUCGAGCCAGGUAAACCCGUGUGCUUCUGUAAUGGCCGAGAGUAGGGCAUUCGAACUUCCAUCGCGUUCCAUCUUUCCGCCUCAAUAUUCCUUGAGCGACAAAGGUUGUGAAAGUUCCUCAUCCCCUUUAUUUUUAAUAGCUUCUUUUGUAUUUAAGUUUGUGUGUUGAAAGGUUCUGCAAUGUCCACAGAUGAUUUGCAUGAGAACUAAGUAGUAGCUUGGGUGUUUUCUUCCUGUAUUUUGUGCUUUUUGGACCAAUUCAGGGAGAAAAUGUUCACCAGACAUGCUCUUCUCUUACUACAAUGUGUUUUGGGCUGCUCCACUUGUUUGUGAAAGCUACACUGUAAUUCAGUUGAGUGAGAAAUAUUGAACAAGCACGGAUACUGAGAGUCUCUACGUGCCUCUCUUGUACUUGACGAAAGCCAUUCGCAUAUCCACAUGUUGGAUUCCUAAUGUGAAAGUGCUGUAAUCCAUGGUUUAUUUUUUUGUUUAAGACAGUUUGCACUUUUUUGUUAAUAAAACGAUUUUGGGAAAAUA